AUGCAAGGCCCCAGAAUCCCCUUCCCCUUGCCAAAGGCUUUCCUUGAUUUCCUGGCACUGAACGGCCUCAGUCCUUCUAUUUAUGAUGAGAUUGAUAACCUUCCUCGAUAUAUAAGGCUUAAACCAGGUUCUGAGACUCUACUUGCAGAUGUGGAAGCUGAGCUUGGUUGUAAGCUUGAAAACAUCAACUGGCUCCCGGGUUUCUUUGCAAUUGCAUCACAAAUUCAAAUUGCUAGGUCUAAGGUCUAUUGUGAAGGAAAGAUAUAUGGAAUUGAUGCUGCAUCUGGAGCUGCUGUCACGGCAUUAAAUGUUUUGCCAGGGGAUCACAUUCUUGAUCUUUGUGCUGCUCCAGGUGCAAAAUUAUGCAUGCUUGCUGAACUUCUUGGCAGCUCAGGUUUGCUAACUGGAGUGGACAUUGCAAAAAGCCGUCUGGCUGCAUGCUGGACAAUGUUACAAAAAUAUGCAUUGGGAGGUCGUUGUAGGCUUUUUGUAGCAGAUGGAACAACGUUUUCCUUUUUGUCUUUGGGAACUUGCACAGAGAACCAACCAGUGAUGGAAUGGUCAUCUAGAGUACCUUGGAGUGAAAGAAGAAAGUCUAAAGAUACUAAUAGAAUCCAAUUGAAUGUGACUUCCAAAGCCAAUACAUGUGGAUUGAUCUUCUAUGGAAAGCAUUCUGGAGUAAUUGGACUAAGAAAAGAGCAGUUGUUUCAAACUGGAAAAGAAGAGGCUAAUGAUGGUGGAUAUGACAAGGUCUUGGUUGAUGCUGAGUGCACACAUGAUGGGUCUGUUAAGCAGAUCCUCAAGUUUGAAGAUUGGGGAUGGGACACUCUUCAAAGAAGACUGUUGGAUUCAGAAAGAAUUGGUUCAUUGACUCAACUCCAGUUACAGCUUCUUACUAAUGGUUUUAGAUUGCUUAAAGUCGGAGGGUCACUUGUGUAUAGCACAUGCAUGUUGACUGUUGCUCAAAAUGAAGAUGUGGUCGAGCAGUUUCUUUCAAACAAUCCUUCUGCUGAGCUGCAAGAUACUCGUGCUGCAGAGGGUUGGCCUUGUAGGAGUAGAAGGAUUCCAAGGACGAUAAGAUUUGAUACCUGCACAUCCCGAACAAGUGGGCUAUUUAUUGCCAAGAUCGUGAAAUUGUUCUAA